UCGUCGUCUGCUCUCGUUGUGGCCAUUUUGUUCUCGAAUUGACGACAAUGACAAACGAGCAGCAGAGGACUAUACGAUGGAUUGAUGCCUCACGAACGCAUCCCCGACCGCACCCGUCUCUUCAUCGAGAUUCCACGGAUCCGCAAGGCCUGGAUCAUCUCGAACAGGCAAUACAGCACUAACAACAUUGCCAUAUCGUGAGCCAGAGGUCGUGGAAGAUAGCCUUGCCUCUAGCCGGCCGGAGGUGUAUCAGGAUGCCACAACAGGCUGGUCAGUAUCGGACCAGUCAUCGUACAGGGACAGGGGGCCGCAGUGGUCUGGUCAUAUGUGGUCAGAAUCUGGUAACUCGCACAAGAUAGCCAUCGACGGCCGUGACGAUUUCCAGGAGCUCAAUUGGUACAAUCCCGCUGUGCACGAAGCGAAGCCCAGGCCUGGGCCGGGUAUGCUGCCUCCUUUACUUGCGGACGAAAUUCACGACCCAGAGCAUGCUCUUUACUCUGUGAAUGUCAUGGCUCGCCUUCCCUCUACCACUCCUGACAGCGCACAGCUUGCGCCGUCGCAAGAGGAAGCACGGAUGGCUAUCCCUCAUGCGCGCUCCUACUACUGUGCCGAGUACAAUGGUUGGGUCUUAAUCCUCUGGGGUUCGUCUUCUGUCCUCCCGCCUCUCGCACGCACAGUCGAGAAUCUACCAGACGCGGCGCGGCGCAAAGGUACUACCUCGUGCAUCGGCGACGGCGAGCAGCCGUUCGCGCAAGUGAAUGCUACGCACCAUUGGCACCGCUAUGAGCGCGCCGUCGACUCGCGAAAUCUGAGCACACCGUUCAGACACGAGGAGGAGACACCCAGGCUCCUCGAUCUGUAUCUCUGCUGCCAGUGCAGCAAGUAUUGCAUGGUGUCCGACGUCCUCCCUGGCGUCAUCCCUCACAACGUCCACCAGGCCUUCACUCAUGACAAGUGGAGCCACCCUCCUCCCGAUCGAACACCCAAGGGGAGCGUGAUGGCAGCCUGGGAGACGAUGUUGACCAUCCUCGAGAACCGUCUAUGGAAAGACGAGCAGCGUUCGCUGCCCGUCACCCGUCCUCGCUUUCAGCACAAACUUGGCUGGAACAACACUGUUCGCAAUAUAUUCGAGCUUCUAGGGUUUCCUGCUAUCAAGAAGUCAACGGCUACUACCGCCAAUAUGUCCUCGGCCGUGGAAAACCUUAGCUUACAGCCUCCGAACAUCGAUCCCGCGACUCCUGAGGGAAAGCACAUACGGGCGAAGCUGUUACGUGCGUGGGUAGAGAUAUCAGCCUGGUUGGCUAUCUACCGAAAAUCAAAAGGGGAUCUUGGCAACUAUUCCUCGCAGGUGAUUUGCGUAGAUGCCACGGAUGUCCGGGAGAUGUACCAAGAGGAAAUCGGCGCUCAUGUCAAGCAGAUUCCGCGAGGGUUGUUGCCUAACGAUCUCGUGAACCUGGGUGUCUUGGACGAUGCGUGGAGAACUCUCGGCAUGACGCCGUCUUCAUAUACAUGGGAGCUGCUGGGCUUCGCGUAUCAGGCGCAGUGCCGCUGCGACCCCCUGCGGACGCCGCUGUACUUCACCAAAUUUUGCCAGAUCGUUCAGAUGCUUGCGAACGUCGGCAAAGCCUCGCCGCCACUCCAGCAGUUGAUCCACGACGAGCGCAAACGCCAUCGGUACACGUUCGAUGACCUUCGCGACUCCAUUGCCCUCUUGGGCUUCGGCCAGGACGAUGGGCUUGGCGUCGAGUUCGAUGGUGAUAGGCUCGUUCUGGACGCAUGGCGCAACGCGAGAAGACGAACGUGGACAGACCCGGAGAGAGGCGGGGAGAUGCGUAUGAGGCUCAACGCCGCACUCAAGAUCAUUGCCGACACUAGGAAUAGGCGGACUCUUGAAUCAGCGUGGGAUCGGGCAAAGGGCAGUAUGUAUGUAUGUUUGUAAAUCCCGUUCUAUCGUCGUGUUAGGGCGAACUUCCUUACGUAGACUGUAGCUAGCUGUGUAAGUAUGUGGCUGUGGAUUCGUACCGUGGAUCAGUGUCUGUGUAUUGGCUCGGGUUGCUUCCGUAGAGGCGACUCUGCCAGAUGGGAUGGCAAUAUCCGAGUCGUAGGGGCCAUAUGGCGUGUACAGUAGGGUCAAAAGUGCUUUUGUACGGUCUUUGUGCAGUAUAUGGAGUGUAUAUGAAACGAUGC